UCGAUGUAUUUCAUUGUCUUCGCUAUCUUGCCCAACUGGUUCACAGCAGACAGCAUGGUUGACAUGGAGAAUUGGCCAGAAAUAGAGAAAGCAGCGACAGAGAAGAGGCGUGAACUAGUUUUCCAAGGUCCAACUUUCAACGAGAGAAUUUCCUGUGACGGGGGCCUCCCCCCGGCUCUCUACUCCCUCGCGCUGCUCAAUUAUCUGGAAGUUAGCCAGUGCCCGAAUUUGACAGAGAUCCACGAGGACAUCCAGCGUCUGACGAACCUCCAAAGCCUCAUCCUGUGCAGGAACAGGCUCUCCUCCGUCCCGAAUGUCGUCGGGAUGCUCAAGUCCUUGAAGGUCCUGGACCUUUCGGUCAACAGCCUCAGCAGUCUGCCGGAGGGAGUCACUCAGUUGAAGGAGCUAACCACUCUCAACGUGAGCUGCAACAGCCUGGAAGUUCUGCCGGAGGGGCUGAGCCGGUGCACCAAGCUUUCCAACAUCAACGUCUCCAAGAAUCGCCUCACCGGCUUCCCCGCGGAUUUCUACUCCGAGAAACUGGACCUGCUCAGCAUACUGAUCGCCUCGGACAACUCCAUUGAGCAGCUGAGUGGAGAUGUGCUCAAGCUAGCCGCUAUAAAGGUGCUGGACCUCUCCAACAACAAGCUGAAGGAGAUCCCCUCCGAUCUGAGCGACUGCGCCAAGCUGAAGGAGAUCAACUUCAAAGGCAACAAGUUGAGUGACAAGCGGCUGGAGAAGAUGGUCAACGGCUGUCAGACCAAGUCCAUCCUCGACUACCUCAGAGGAAAAGGAAAAGGGAAACAAGGAGAGGAAGGAGGUGACGCCGACGGGGGUCGCAAGGCAGACAAGGGCAAAAGGCAGCAGAGGAAGAAGAAGGAGAAGGUGGGAGAUCAACAAGACGAGACGGAGGAACUGAACAAGAUGGUGGUCAGGGUCCUCCAUGUUUCGGACAGUCCCACUGCCCUCUCCGUCACGGUGAGCGCGGAGGUGAAAGAUGUUCGACCGUACCUGGUGUGCUGCGUGGUCACGGGCAUGAACCUAAAGGCUGGGAACGCUCUCAAGCGCUUCCUGGUCGCUCAGACGAAGCUUCAUGAUGACUUGUGCGGUAAAAGGACCACCGCAACCAUUGCAACUCAUGAUGUGCAGCUCAUCAAAGCUCCGCUGACGUAUGAUGUCAAACGACCCAUCGAGCUGAAGGUUGUGUCGCUGGGACGCAAGGAGAUGACGGCUGUCGAGCUGAUAAGACAACUUCAGGUUGAGGCCGACGAACUGAGGAAGCAGAAGAGGAGGCAGAACGUCACUGGCCUCCACAAGUACCUGCAACUUCUGCAGGGAAAAGCGAUGUAUCCCUGCAUAGUGGAUGCAGAGGGACAUGUGAUCUCAUUCCCACCUAUAACCAACAGUGAGAAAACCAAGAUCAAGAAGACGACUAAAGAGUUGUUCUUGGAGGUGACGAGUGCAGUCAGCCUUCAGACCUGCAAAGAUGUUAUGGAUGCUCUGAUCGUGAAAAUGGCAGAGUUGAACAAGUUCACGGCAGAGCACCGCGAGGAGGCGGGGUCAGACGGGGAAGGGGACGGCCCACAAGACCCGGCCGCCAGCAGCGAGCCCUCCAGUGAGCUGACGGUGCAGCAGGUCCGCACGCUGGACCAGGACGGGAACCUGAAAGUUGUCUACCCGUCCAAGACCGACCUUUGCAACAACAUUAGCAACGUGAACGUGAUUUGGUAGACAACCUGCAUUAUUUGCACUCAUUGAGAUAAAGUCAUUUUAAAAGAUUAGCUAGCGGAAGUUUGUCAACAUGCAAUGUGUUUUGUGGAACUUGCUGGUUCCACAAAACACAAUCAAUAAGUCAAACUAUCAUUAAAUAGACCAACUUUGUAUAAUUUACAUCUGAAAACUAGUCUGUACUGAAAAGUAAAUUUCUUCAAAGCCACUUUACCUUUGACCGGUCACAUGUCCGUAAUACUGGAAGAUUUGUGUUACCACACACGCUUAUAGCAGCAAGUGAUGUCUGAC